AUCACUUGUGCAUGACAGCUCAGAUGAGAGAGGACCACGACGCGCAUUUACGGUCCUCGGUUUCAUAUUUAGCUCAGUUUCUUCAGUUAUUCAGCUCAAUAUAUACUAGAAGUGAAGGUGUAUAUAUUCAUAUAUUCGCGAGCAUCGGUUGUCAAGAAGUAUUCAUUCCGCGAUAUUGAAUGGAAGCGGCGGCUGAAGGGGCGAGCUGCCUAUCUGAGGCCGGGGAUGAGAGCCCGUUAUCCGGGGCGGCAGCGUCCGAGGACGCGGGGACGACGGACGAGGAAGCGGAUGGUACAUUGAAAAAGGCUUUCAUCACAGAGAUGCCUUCAUCUUCAGGCCAGCCGGCCCACAUAAAGAAGAUCGGACACCGAGGAGUGGACGCGUCCGGAGAGACCACUUACAAGAAGACAACAUCAUCGGCGCUUAAAGGUGCCAUUCAACUCGGCAUUGGUUACACGGUGGGGAACUUGAGUUCAAAGCCCGAGCGUGACGUUCUCAUGCAAGAUUUCUAUGUGGUGGAGAGCAUAUUUUUCCCCAGCGAGGGGAGCAAUUUGACGCCAGCCCACCAUUUCCCAGACUUCCGAUUUAAAACGUACGCCCCCGUGGCCUUUCGAUACUUCAGAGAGCUCUUCGGCAUACGGCCGGAUGACUAUUUGUAUUCGCUUUGUAAUGAGCCAUUGAUCGAGCUGUCCAAUCCAGGAGCGAGUGGCUCCGUCUUUUACGUCACCAAGGACGAUGAGUUCAUCAUCAAAACAGUCAUGCACAAAGAAGCAGAGUUCUUGCAGAAACUCCUGCCUGGAUAUUACAUGAACCUAAACCAGAAUCCUCGCACCUUAUUGCCCAAGUUCUUUGGGUUGUACUGCGUACAAUCGGGUGGGAAGAACAUUCGGAUGGUGGUCAUGAACAACGUGCUGCCCAGGGUGGUGCGCAUGCACCUUAAAUAUGACUUGAAAGGAUCCACCUACAAGCGACGGGCCUCCAAGAAAGAGCGGGAAAAGGCAAGGCCCACUUUCAAAGACCUCGACUUCAUGCAGGAUAUGCUGGAUGGAAUCAUGCUGGACACGGACACUUACAGCGCCCUGAUUAAGACGUUACAGAGAGACUGUUUGGUCUUGGAGAGCUUUAAGAUUAUGGACUACAGUUUGUUGUUGGGAGUUCACAACAUCGAUCAGGCGGAGAAAGAGCAGCAGAUGGAGGGAUCUCAGGGUAACAGUGAUGAGAAGAGACCACUGGCACAGAAAGCACUUUACUCCACUGCCAUGGAGUCCAUACAGGGAGCGUCUGCCUGCGGAGAGGAGAUUGACACGGAGGACACUAUGGGCGGCAUUCCUGCGGUCAAUGCCAAAGGAGAGCGCCUGUUACUGUACAUCGGAAUAAUCGACAUCCUGCAGUCCUACAGGUUAAUAAAGAAAUUAGAGCACACGUGGAAGGCUUUGGUUCAUGAUGGGGACACUGUGUCUGUACACAGGCCGUCAUUUUAUGCCGACAGAUUCUUCAGAUUCAUGAGCACUACCGUAUUCAGAAAGUCUUCCUCAUUGAAAUCCUCUCCAUCGAAGAGGGGCCGCGGAGGUCUGAUCGGCACCAAAUGCAGCGGCCCCGGUGCGUCCUGGUCGGCCAGCCAGCUGCCGUUCGUGAAAGACGAAAACAUCUACGACCUGAGAGGAGCUCGGAGCUUCCCCACACUGGAUGACGAUGGUCGGGCAGACGUGCUCCCCUGCACUCCUCCAUCCUUUGAGGAAGCCGCAACAGCCUCCAUCGCGACCACUCUCUCCUCCACCACCUCUCUAUCCAUUCCAGAACGUUCACCAUCAGACACCUCAGAGCACCCGCGCUACAGGAGACACACCCAGUCCAGUCAUGAAGAAUCAAUGCAGGAUGAAGAUCAGCAAACCAUCACAGUGGAGGUGGAAGUGGAGGGACGUUAUGACAGCGAGCUCACCCUGAAGGCUCCCCAGCCAUCGACGGAAAUCGGUGAACUUCCAGAGACGUUUCUAGAAGCUUCGUCUUCGUCCCUCCCUGCGAGCCCCAGGAUAGUCGUGGAAUCUGACGGUGGCAGCCAGGCCUCUGGUGGAACAAGCCGCGCCUCUGUGGAUGAGGACGAUGAGGUGCCAGUUACAGACAUAUAUUUUCCUCCAGAGGACAGAAGCUGGGUUUAUUCUCCUCUACACUACAGCGCAGGGUCUAAGACUCUGUCUGGAGACGAAGAGGAGAGUGAUACAUAAUCAGACCUCAGAGGAAGUGAGGCAGCUGCGAGAUGUUCGUCUUCAGGUGUAUGACGUCAUGAACUUCCAUCACGUUUGAGCUGACAGCGAAGUUUUACUUCAGCUCCAUCAUUCACUGUCUUAUAAUCCAUCCACAAACAACACAGAGCAAGUAGUAAUAACAACAUCCAGAUAUAUUUAUAAGGAUUAAUGAAAAUAUUCAUGUUGAAUUAUUUCCUUUGUUUAUUAACAUACUGUGAACGUUUGAUCCAAUUUGAGAUCUGGGAAUCGAGAUUCAAGUGGCCCGUAAGUUAUGUGCCACGUGAUCAUUUAAUAUACAAACAGCCAACACUGGUUUAUAAUGCAUUUCUUAUGUUGUGUCAGACAGCAUUAUUCAUAGUUUUUCUUUAUAUGAGGGCAGAUGACUUCAAAUGGCAGACAAUGUAUUGCGCUUGCGGUUGAUUUUGUAUUUAUUUAUUUAUUUUGCUCCAAAAACCAGAGGGAAAAGAUUUUCAUUAGGGCUGGACAUAGAUUAAUCUCAUACAAAAGAAAAGUAUUUUUUUUUGCAUAAUAUAUGAGUUUGUGAUGUGUGUAAAUAUUAUGUAUAUUUAAACACGUUUAAUUUAAAAUGUUUAAUUUAAAUAUCUUUUUAAAUUUAUAUAUAAUUUAGAAUAUAUAAAAAUAUAAAUAAAUAAAUAUACACAUGUAAAUGUUUCUUAAAUACAUAUAUUUAAUAUAAUAAUUACACACAGCACAAACUCAUAUGUUAUGCAAAAAAAUUAUUUUAUUUUGUAUGAGAUUUAUCUAUGCCCAGAUCUAAUUUUCAUUCAUUUUUUUUAUUUCAGAGAACGCAAUAGUUAAAUGCCUAAUAUUUUGUUCCAACGUUUAAGAUUUUUAUAACAUGUGUAACGUUAAAUGGCAUUCAGUGUGUGGGAAAUUCGGCAAUAACCAAAGUCCCAUAACAUAUUUAAAAAAAAAUUAGGAUUUUAAAGUUGUGAUUCAAGCUUUUAUAGUUUUAAAAUAGCAGGUAAACCGCAAGAUGGGACCAAACUUAUUGUGUGGAGGCCAAAUAUGUACCAUAUCACAAUCAUUAUUUCAUUAUUAUAUAUUUAAUGUUCAUAUGUGAGAUUCAAAGUUAAAAUGUUAAAUUGUAAAUCUUCUUGUAAAGAAUAUGUGUGUACAUAUAUGCAUUUGAGUGUGUGUGUAUAAUUUUACAAUGAAAGUGUGCGAUACUCAAUACUGUAUGUGCAGUGGACAGUUGCUAUUGAUAUUGCCGUUGUGUUUUUAAGACUACUCCAGCAAUAUUUUGUGCAUAUUUCGGUUGCCUUAAUCUUUAUUGCCGGCCCAAAUCCUGCUGUAGUUACAGAUUUUCUUUUCUUAUACCCCCCUAGAUUGUUUGUACAUAGAUCUAUAAAUACACAAAAUAUAUUUUAAAUGUUAUUUGACUUUUUUUACACAAGUGGUGUGCAAAAGGCAUCCAUGAUCUACCCAAGCUUUCUUCCAGGAUCAAGGGCAUGCAGCAUCACUUGUGUUUAAGUCAAGGUGGUUUCUUUGUAUUAUGUAUAAACAUUGCAACAAUAUCAAUCCAACAGUUGUGUUUGUGUGUGUGCGCCCCUCAAUAGCAUGACAAAUUGUUAGUCUAUUUACAUAAAUGCCCACCAUAUGCAUUCAUCCUUACAAGCCCAUUGUGUGCGUGUAUUUGUUUGACCGCGAAAAUAAAUAUGAUUAGACUUUAUUUGGUGGCUUUU